GUUGCUUUUUACUUUCUUCUUUCACUCUACUGACCUCCUCUACCUCUUUCCUUCCCAUGAGCCCUUUCUUCGAUCACGAAACAACUGUAGUGCUGCAACGGGGCAAAGCACACUAAAGGGUGGACUGGCGCUGGCAAAAUAACGACUAAAGCGCCGCCGUGUCUCCCUCCGGCGGAUUUCCUCAGAAAAAAAGAGCAUAUCCAUGCGCUCUAACCGACCGAGUUUCACUGGCGGAGCCUUGUAGUGGUUACGGAGUUACGGCGACAAGUGCUUCACUAGUUCCGCACAGACUGUCACACAGAACGCUACAGGAGCCAGCCAUUUUCUAUGCCGGUAGUGGGUUUGGAAACUUUGCUCGCGCUUGUAGAUUGUUCCGGAUGUUCUGGGGCCAUCGCUAACAAGUUUGGCUUCGACGCUUAGGACGUUUCAUCCUGCGGUCACUUCUCAGAGAUUCCACCCGAAUGGAGCUGGAAGGACAGCACAACUACAACAAAGACUGUUGGCUACAGUUUCAAGAGGAAGCUAAUAUGUUGCCCAUGCAAACAAGCCUUCCGGCUUCAACAGACUGUGGUGAAGGCUCCGCAGACGGCCAAGUGAACCGCAUGACAACGCAGCACACGAGCAGUGCUCUGGCACCAGAACCAGCUGCUACUCCCAUGAGCUCCACAGCUCAGGUAGCUUACCUGUGUAAACACUGCGACUUUUCGUCAUAUUACUUCAGUCGUUUUGCUAAGCAUGUCAAAGAAUAUCAUCCUGGUAUUAAGGAAUACAGUUGUGCCAUUUGUAAGGUAACUUUUGCUGCACUUAGCCGCUACAAGACACACUAUGAUGAAUGCCAUGGACCUGCACAGAUAUCAGAGGAAAUUCAUGGUCAUACUGAAUUAAGUGGCCUAGAAUCUGGAGAAAGCUAUGCAGAGAGCUUAAAUAUGGAUACUUCAUUAGAACCGGAUGUUCUCGCACUUAGUGAUGAGGACAGGAUGUCAGAUUUGUGCAGGCUGCUUGAGGGCAAACACAGAUGUUCAAAAACAGUCGUGGAUACUGUUGUGAAAGGUGUAUCAAAUUUGUUUUAUGCGAAAGGCCUGCACUUUGAUGUUUUUAAUUUAAACAGUGACAAAGCACGAAAACGUUUGUAUGAAGCGAAUUGCAUCUACGUCAAACCCAAUGAGAUUGUUCUUUCAAAUGGUAGUCGGGCAUACUAUGUACCAUUGAAGUCCCUCUUGCAAAAUUUAUUCCGACAUCCUGAAGGAGCAGCUUACCUCCAGCGACGCUUUUCCUUUUCUGAAGAUGGUUUUCUCAGAGAUAUUUGUGAUGGCGUCAGGUUUAAGAGUCGUGCUGAGUUUAAGCAGGAGAAUGCUUUAGGGGUCAUGCUUUACUGUGAUGACGUAGAAAUUGCUAACCCUUUGGGAAUGAAGAGGGGGACAUGUGGAAAGCUUACACUGUUUUAUGUUACAUUUGCAAACUUUCCAGUUUCCAAAAGGUCGCAGCUGAAUUCUAUCUUCCUUCUUGCUGUUGCAAACUCAAGAGACCUGAAGACAUCAGCCACUAAAACUGAACUACUUCAGGAUUUUGUCGAAGCCAUGAAUGAGCUGGCAGGCAGAGGAAUUUCGGUCCAAGUGAAGGAAGGAGAGAUACGGGCAAAAGGGGGCCUGGUAGCAUUUCUGGGUGACAGUCUCGCAAGCAGUGCUAUAGCCGGCUUUAAAGAAUCUUUUUCACCAAAUGUGCGGUAUGCAUGCCGACGCUGUAAGGCACGCACUUGUGAUUUUCCGAAUAUAUUUUUACACUCAGAUUGUCCUUUGAGGACAGACAGGGAAAUUGAAGCCAAGGUGCAGCAGUUGCUCAGCACAGAAAACAAGGCUGAGCGGAAAGAGGUGUCAGCUUCUUCAGGUAUUAAAGGCCCAUCUGUGCUUGGUCUAGUUACAGGGUUCUCUUUAACUCGAGACGUGCUCUUUGACCCUAUGCAUAUUCUUCUAGAAGGAAUAAUACCCAAAGAAAUUUCUUUGUUUAUGCGUCACCAAAUACACACCCUUCGUUCAUUUAGUCGAAAACAACUAAAUGAUUCCUUAAAGGCAUUCAAGUUUCACCAUUCAAUCAGUACCAGUGAGUACCCACGCAUGUUCGAUGCGUCAUUACAGCUUGUGUCAUCAGCAAGUGCAACAGCCAUUCUUGUAGUGCACCUCCCGCUUAUUUUGAACAACAUUGUUUCUGUUAAUGUCUUGGGGCCGACAUACGAAUGCUUGAUUCUUAUUUGUCAAAUUAUGCAGCUGAUACUUUCUCCAGUUUUGAGCAUUGAUGCAUUGGGUACGCUCGAGUCGCUGAUUAUCAACCACCAAAAAUUGUUCCUCAGCUGUUAUGGGGAGCAAGCUUUCACGCCAAAGCUACACAUGUUGAUUCACAUGGUGGACCAGAUCAAGGAGUAUGGACCAGGCCACCAUCAUUGGACUAUGAGAUAUGAGGGGAAAAAUGCACUGCCUAAGUCCAAAAAGCUCUUCAAUUUCAAAAAUGUUCCGUUUUCAGUAAGCGAAUUUUUCCAGAUUAAUUUGUCCCAUUCAAUGUGGCAUGGGAACGGAGAAGCAAAAAUUAGCUUUCUUGAUGGCACAAAUGAAGACCAAAGCGGCAUACCUUACCCUUUGUCGCCUGCCUUCGUUCAAGCAGGCUUACCAGUUUCUUCACUAGAUUCUGUUGGCCAAUCAGUGCAAUCAGUAAUGUGUGACAAUGUUGUUAUUAAGGUGAAUGACAUUAUGAUGACUCAGACUGUAUCUGGUGAUGCCGGCUUUUUGAAAAUCACUGUUAUUGUCCAGUUUUUGAAACAGGUAUUUUUUGUAUGCCAUGUUAUGGUCAUGGAAGCUUUUGACACAAAUUUGAACUGUUUUGUUUUGAGGGCGACAAACCAUGAGUUAGUUGUGUCUAAAAAGAAAUUCUUGCUGUCUUGGCCUCUCUAUGUAUACAAGCACGACAGUGUUUUUUAUUGUUUGCCUCGGUAUUAUUCUUCCUUGCCGUAACUGUUGACCUGCCAUUUUUUAGCCAGGAUAACACUUUGUACUUAGCUGUCGUUUGGCUCUUCCAUCACCUGCUGUAGCUUGCAAGUACCCAUGAUUUUGUUAAGUGCAUUCAUAUAAGUUACUAGCAUAAAAUGUGUUUACGUUUCUAAUCAUUCUAGAAAAUGUCGCACCACAUUUUAGCUGUGAUUAUCUCGUUUAGUUUAAGUAACACAUUUUUAGCCUAAAUAAAAUUUGAAAUUUCAGCAGUGGCAAGCUUUUUCUAUAGCAUUCAUUUAAUAAGGGAUAUAGGAAUGACUGCUCAUGAAAGUAUUUCUGUUGUCAAACGUCCCUUUUAACAUUUUCUUAGGUGUUUUGUCUAAAUGAAAUAAAAUUUAUUACUAUGAACUUUUAUUUCUUUUAAUACUUGGUGUCAUUCAUUGUGUACAUUAUUCCAUCCAUAGGAAGCCACCAAGCAGACUUGUCGGAAGUGGGAUAAAAACUUUCUUCCCUCUUUCUCUGCAUACUUAAAUCCACUGCUCCAUGGCCAAGAAAUGCUUACUAUGGCACGCCGCCGCAUGACAGCACAGCUAAGAGAUGAGGUCAUUGAAUUCCUUGAGUGAGUAAAAUUUGCAUGGUCAUAUCCUGUGAGGCAUAUUCAUAAUUAGGACUCUCCCUGAGCAUUACGCAAAUUCUCUUUCAGAAAGAACAACUUGAUUAAAAGUUCUAACUCUGCUGUCAGAAGGUGGAACUACUGUGCCUUUGCAGAAGCUCUAAGUGACGCCUAUCCACGAAUGGUAUGGGAAACAAAAGGAACUGCAGCAGUUCAGCAGCUUGGAUGGGUGAGCUUGGUUAAAUCAUUCCUUAUGGUUGGAAUGAAAAAGCUUUGGUGGGCCAUUUGAUUGAAACAUCUGCUUGAUCACAAAAGCUUGCAUGAAGCAUAGGAGAGGAUCAAUUUAAUGUUGCGGCGGCUGUAUCUCGUUCACCAUAAGUUGGCCAUAGUUUUGCUACUUUUGCUACAGUGAGCACCAAGUAUAUUAAAAACCCCAUUUCCGGCUUGUAACCAUAGGAAAUAUACUUUGUUUUGUGGUAUUUGUAGAAAUCUGGCAGAUUUGUGGCUUUUUUAGGUUCGUAUUUAUUACUUGUCCACUUGCAGAGGGAGUUUAUGCAUUCAGUCAGCAGCACAAGAAAGACAAGAAAAUUGCGAAUGAAAUCCCUUUUGACGCUGACCUCAAACACUUCUGAACAAUCAAUUGAUAUCUCGUGCGAUGAAGCACAGCGUGAGUUGAAGGUGAGGGUCGCAGUUUUUAGUCAGCCUUGCAGGCCAUUUUUAUUUGAUGCGACAAAAGGCUUCCCAUUUUAUAUUAACACUCAGCACUGCAGA